UGGCACUUGCCACUCAAAGAUUUUAAAGUAGCUAACAGCAACUGACCAGAAUUGCUUUUAAAAAUUUCUAUAUUUAUCGUAAACUUAAAAUGUAUGAAAAUUUAUGCCGAGUAUGUUUAGGAAACUCAAGUGAAAUGAUUUCCAUCCUUGAUGAAUUGUACAACGGAAAAUCUCUGGCAAAAAUAUAUGAAGAUUUAUCGUCAUUGCAGGUAAAAAAAGAUGAUAAUGCCACAAAAAAGUUAUGCCCACAAUGUUUAACUGAUCUAAAAAAUGCUUUCGAUUUUAAACAAAAAUGUAUCGAUUCAUACAAAACAAUAAAAGAAUAUGAAAGCAUUGAAGAAAAUUUAGAUGAAAAAUUUAAUGAUAGCUGUGAAGAAUCACAUGAAUCAAUUUCCGAAUCAAAUACGAAAUUAAUAUACAAAUUAAAAAAUUUCGAAGAAACAUUUACAGAUAGUUAUGAAGAAUCAAAUGGAACAGUUCCCACAUUAAACACGAAUUCGAUAUUAAAAUGUGAAAUUUGUAAUAAGGUUUAUCGUCUACAAAAACUAUUCGAUAAACAUAUUCGAAGUCACGAUUCCUUCAAAAAUAUUGAUAAAUUUCCAAUAAAACAUGCAUGUAAAUUAUGUAAAAAAGAAUUUCCAUACAAAAGUGUUCUAGCUGAGCAUAUGAAACAUCAUACUGAUGAAAAGCCAUAUUUAUGCUCAUUUUGUGGAAAAGGAUUCCGACAGAAAGGUAGUUUGGGCUAUCAUGUUCGAUAUCAUACGGGUUAUAAACCAUUUUUUUGCACCAUAUGUGACAUGUCAUUUGUAUCAAAAAACAUAUUAAAAGUACAUAUGAGGCGACACACAGACGAAAGACCUUAUGUAUGUGACAUUUGCGGUCGUGCAUUCAGACAAAAUACGGACAUGAGAACACAUCGGCGAACCCAACACACACUAACCAACGAAGAUAAAAAAUGUAGUGUUUGCAAUAAACGAUUAACAAGAUCAGGUGCGUUAACCGUUCAUAUGCGUAUACACACGGGUGAGCGUCCUUUUAAAUGUGAGACCUGUAAUAAAGCUUUUGUGACACGAUCUUUAUUGUUACGUCACGAACGUAUACAUACAAAGGAACGACCGUACGUGUGUAAAAUAUGUGAAAGAGGCUUUAGCCAAAGUACAUCCUUAAAUACUCAUAUGAAAAUUCAUAAUAAAGUUUUUAAAAAAUCGAGCAAAUCUUAAUACAAUUAUUAGGAGAAGAAAAAACAGGAUUUAUUUUUUAAAUCCCAAAAAUGUAAGAAAGUUGUACAA